AUGUGCUUCGUGUCCUUCUGCGGUAUUCCACACAGUCGGCCGAACGCGUGGGAGGUGCUCCAGGUGCCUCCGCCGGCAACGUGGAAGGACGAAGAUGAUACACCUCAUUUGUCUCUUGAAGUACACGAGCUCAAGUUCUACGCCGACUUCUACAAGGAACAUCAUACAUGCUGCUGGCCGCGGCUAGUCCUCGACGCCCACCUCGGGAAAUCAUCCGAGGAGGUAGCGCACGCUCAGUCCACUAGUACCGCGUCUGAAGACCUCGGGCGGACCUCUCCCGGACCGAGCGGAGCGGCCGAAGACGCUGCCGGGGCUUCUUUGGCGCUCUACGUCAACCAUGUAGCUGAGGUUAUGGAGCAGUUGUAUCGGAGCCAACUGGCGAAGGUGCCUCGCGCCGCAUAUGCGCGUCGCGCGGUGUUUCACCAAGGGGUGCCACCUGUGCUACGCUGCCAUAAACACAAUGACUCCUUCGUCUACCUAGUAAGUGGUCAGCUCCGACUGUUUCACAGGUGCCGUACAAGGAAGUCGGUGCGUGCUCACCAAGUUGAUGGGUGCGAAAGUCGCUGUACGCAUGGACCCACUGUUGAAGACGUCGCGCGCGACUUGUUUCCACUAGUGCUCAUCAUGGCACCUAGAGAUGACUGUGCUGCGUACGUCGACGCCGAGCCACCCGUCGCCUCUGCAGCGACGCAGUGGCGCACGAAACCUCUUGUCCUAGCCCUUGAGAGGGUAGAGGUCGUGGGCUCACCAUCUCUGAAUGAAGCUGGGGAGGAGGACCAGGUGUGGUGCGCUGCCUACACACCCUUCACGUGGGUCUGCAACCCGCUGGGGAACCAGAAGGCCUCUGUGCUGGCCAAGUCGCCCGCUGCCAUGCGUCGAAUGCCGCGGACACAACAGCACGAUGCAGUGAAAUCCACCUCCUUCAAGCGAACUGCAAGAGCACAACCUCUCACUUUGCCAGGCACAGAGGUAGGGGAUUCGCUACAGCCCCUGUGCCUCUCUUUCAUGGUGUACGCUUCCCAGUAUACGUGUGAGGCCGUGCGGAAGCGAGUGGUGCAGUCGUUGGCAUCUAGAGACGUCUACAACCUUCAUGUUACCAAGAGCAUGCGCUUCGGCCUUGGAGGUGCGGACCUUUACAAGCGGACCGUGCUGGGAACAGAUGAGGAGGCGCUCUCGCACGCGCGAAGUCGUCGACCUGCCCAGCUGAUGCGACUUCUUGACGACCAGCUGGAAUGUGUCGUGAACGGGACUUCGAAAGUAGCUGACUCCGAAGAGAAACGGAAUAUCACCUCAGGCGACGGGGCUACGAGGGAGUUCGUGGGGUCUCCACCGUUGAAGCUGCCUCGCCAUGAAGCGGAUGGCGAGGCUCCGUUAAGAGCGGGUGAUGUGAAGUGCCAAUUACCUCGCUUAGUGCCCUCAGUGACAACAUAUCCUAUUGCACAGCUCUCUACGAUGAGGCCGAUCGUGCGGGAAUGGUGCCGACUUCCCAGAUCCACUACACUCGCCUCCGUGCUACCCCGACCAACAAGCAUCACCUCGCCGCACAGCGGCUGGCCGCUGCGCGUGCGACGCCACUCAAACGAGGGCUCAGCUCACGUUGUGGAGCUGUCUUCACUCGCUACUCUGUGGGAUCUAGCGGCGGCACUGCGCAAUGUGCCCCCAUGA